CUUAAGGACGCUGAAAUUAUUUUCAAAAUUAUACAUCUGCCAUCUAGACGUACGCAUUUAAGAAUCGACUAUGGUCAUGCUAUUAACGGAUGUCAGAGAACUAGUUUUGCUCCCAUGAGUAAAUACCGACUGAAAUAAUAGCCAUAACAUAAAUAAUGUGAGCCCAUAAUUCUAUCGAUGCCAGGAUAUUACGAAAGGUUCAAUCGAUAAAAAAUUAUUUGAUUAAAACCCAUCACCGUCAUGAGACUGCCAUCUGAGUCAUCUCGUACACAAUUUUAUUAUUCUUAACAAAUAUGCAUAAUCUUCCACUUAGACGGAAUGCAUAGGAUGGUAAGUAAGAUUAUAUUACCGUUAGAGCAAGAGAUGCUUUUUUCUAAUGUAAAUAUCAGACUAGUGAUUUAACCGUCAGAGUAACUCUUAAAAACGACUUAAUUUGUAAUUCAUUUGGUAAAUUCAGUGUACCUAACACUCGUGGCAUGUAAGCGAUCAAAAUUGAAGAUAAAUAGGUUAACGAGUUUACAUAGAUAGGAAUAUUGCUUUUGACAUUUACGCCGCUUCGGACGACAGAUAAGUAGACUAUUUUUGAAUUUUCUAUUUAUUACGUCAUGCAAGGUCGAAUACGUUAGUCAAAGCUUGGAUAACGAACGAUACUUCAUUGUUACUAUUAUUCUCGUAUGUAUUUGCAAUUGUUGCCAAUUGGUUUGACUUCUAUAGUGAAGAUAGUGUCGCAGCUGUUUAUAAUUCUAUAUGGUAUGGUCGGUUGGAGAAAUUGGCAAGGGAUUUAUUAUUCGUUAUGAAGAGGGUUGUACUUACGUGCAUGAGCUAUUCAAUCUCUUCGGUCAAUGACUCCACGAUGGGUGAAUCCUUAUUGUAGAUUGUAUACGUAUAGGAUAUACCACAUGACAUCAAUGUACAGCAUCAACGGGACGUUCGCAGUCUCAUUUCUGCAUCCCUUCCACUAGCAUUUAUAUAUUUAAAAGUAUUACGACGCUGAAUAUCCUUUUGUAUUCGAAACGCGUAUGCAUGUCAAAUAAACCACAAUAUUCAAAAUCCUCAUAACUCAAUGGCCAAUAGUACAAUAAUGGCAGCGAUGGUCAUUGCUUGUUUUGGCUCGCUGUCAAAAAGUGAACCUCAAAAAUGUCUUGUUUGAAAAAUCAUAUAAAAUAACUGACCCAACCUCAAAGUACAGUUACACUUAAUUUCGUGACUCUUUAUGUUGUGAUUGUAAUAUUGCUUUCACGCGGCUCGUUACUGAAUUCAACUGAAAUUUAAAAUUACCGCCAACGAGGAUGUCGCGCGAAUUCUCUGAAUUAAGAAAGCAUAGUACAAUUGACCAAUCUUUAUUCACCUCGAUUGGAAAAAGAAAUAGUGCAGUGGGAGCUUUGCUUAAAAACAAACAUCCGGAACUUUUCCACGUUGCACCACGUCCUGGCGGAUUUAUUAAACGUGUCCAAAAACCACCACCUAAUUCAACAAAAAUUGAAUUUAACGAGAGUGAACUACUUUCGUCAACGAAGGCAUCGAUUCACGGAGGAGAAACUCAAGGUGGUGGGGAGUUUUCUGAUAAUCGACAGAUGUUAAAUGACGAUGGGCAAUCUCAACAUGAUAAAAAAUUGACGAAAGAGGAAGAAAGAAAUAAUAUGGUGCAAAUGUGCAGUGUUGCUAUCAGUACCGUGAUGAUGAUGGCACAGCAUACGUAUAAGGAUAUCACUGCUGAACAUGUUAGCCACACUGAAGAAUAUUUUCGAAAUUUAAAACAGGACGGUUGUUAUCCGCCAAAUAUCGGUCAGUUACUCAAGAUUCUGGGAAAUCUUAAGAAAAUAGGAAAAAUUGCGGCACCUGUAUAUACACGUGAUAAUCCCGAGGAUGAGAAUGAUGAUAUACAAAUAAGUGACCUUAUUAAUUGAUUCAAAUUUCUCAAAAUUUCUGUAUGGCUCUUGACCCUGUAAUCUGUAAGAAAUUUCACUUUUAAGUAAAGAAAUAAAAUGAAAAGAAGAUCAGUAUUUAAA